AUGGACUCAUCAGAGAGUUCAGAAGAGCAGCUUUCUGAUCUUAAAAGCCCAGCUGUAUCCUCUUCCUCUGCUGAGCAGUCCCCGCCAACCCACCUUCCCAGCAAAAGGAAGCAUGAUGAUGUGCCUCUUCAGAAUGAAGAGGAGAGUGAGGACUUGCAGAGCAGACAAAGCUCGGGGCGGACAGCGAGCCGGAGCAUCUCAGGCUCAGGGGCUGCCUCUUCCGCAAGCGAGCGCAGCGCAUCCUAUGAUGGCCGAGAACGGGUGUUCGCUGAUGGCGUGCCAGUCCGUAGCGCAGCCCCAAGGUCAGCAAGGAGGAGGAAGGCGCAGAGCAAGAGUGCGCCUCCGGCGCAGGAUCGGAGUCAAACCCAAAGAGGUGGGGCUGGCGAAGAAAGAGGGGGUGAUCAGGUGGGCGGCAGGGUAGAUGAUCAGGGAGGGGGCAACCACAGAAACGAUGAUGGCGCACGUUGUGCUGGCACUGCUGGGGGACCAGGGGCAGCUUCGGUGCCUCAGUGGUUUGAGGAGGAGGCUGACGAGGGUGAGGCGGAGCGCGACUGGGCAGUCCGGACUGAAAGGGAGUACCGGGCUUACGUGGAGGGCCGCCCAUCGAUUGCGGCAGAGUUGCUCCGGCAAGAGGCUAUUCCUAUGGAAGGAGAGUCGGCGUGCACCUCUCAGGGGUGCCAAGGUGUCGGCAUACUGCGAUGUCAGGAGUGCACAGGGGGCCGCGCAAUCUGCGCUGAGUGUGAUGAGAGCUAUCACCCCUAUGCUCAUUUCCACCACCGCUCCAUACUAAAAGCAGAAGGCUUUUGGUCUCCCCUCAGCCCCACCCAAGCUGUUGUCAAUGGCCAGCUGAUCAACGUAGGCAAGUGUUUUGCUCAACCGCCCCUGCGCCCCUGUGCGCACUGCAAGCAGACAGCUUGGGGUCCAGCACAAGCAGUCUCUGAGAAGUGGGCGGUCGUCACUCUUGAGGGGAGGUUCGACUUCCAAAAAGCUGCCUUUAAGUGUCAGACGGAGAACUGCCCCUGCAUUCAGGUUCAAGAUGGGGCUGAGGCGUUGCAGCUCGGAUACUGGGUGGGGACAGUGACGAAGGUAGUAACGCUGUAUAGUGUUGCAAUGCUGAAGCACUGGGACAAGACGCAGGAGCACAUGCCGGGGUCGGGACUGUCGGCCUUUGUGAAGAUUCUCGAAGAGACUGGACAGGAACUUGGCAGGCUUGGGGUUCGGCGGCCAGACGUGCAGUGCGGGACGGGGGAGUGGAAAGCAGCCCGAGACACGCGGAGCGCCAUCCGGGGCCAGGCUGAGACGGGGGCGGUGUUUUGUGGUUGCCGCCAUCAGGUAGGCAUGAAGGCGGUUAACCUUGUCCGCACCGGGGAGCGCUUCGGCUACACAUACUUCCUGGACCGCCACUUCAUCCAGGGGCGGCACCCACGCUUCUUUUGGCAGGACAUCGUGUGCAAGUACUGGCCGUGGCGCGAGAAGGCGCUGGACCAGAUGGGGGAAGGGUCGGAGAGCGGCAGCACCAAGCCCGCACUCAACAUCAUGCACGGAAAGCUUCAUUCCUGGCAGCCGUCUUUGGAGGCCGGUGGCAGGAUGGGGCCGGAGCAGGAUCCGGGGAGGACAUGGAGAUGUACUUCUCCUACAUGUCAAGGGAGGGCGGAGCGCAUCACCAAGGCCACCCUGUACUGGAACGAGGACAAGCGGGCCAGGAUGGCACAGUCGUUGGCUAGAAGGAUGGACCAGAACGAAACACGGACAGUCGAAGCUGCGCAAGAGUUGGAGCGACUCUGUCAAGAGAUGCUCGAGAUGUCGGCCUCCCAAAUCCCCCUCCAGAAGUUUCGAGACUGGAAAAGCGAGGUGCAACAGGUUGCAAGGGAGCAACUCAACCGGUCAUCGCGAGCUCCGAGCGCGGCUGUAAAGUAUUUCACCUUAGUGACCGAGGUCGAGGCCGCGCGCGAACUUGAAGCAUUCCGGCAGUCGGAGUCGUUCGAGGACAACCUGCUCUGUUCUGACGCCGUGCAGCAGGUCCGUUCGCUCACCGCGGAGGUGACAAGAGACUUGCACGUAAAAGAGAAGAAAGUAAAAGAACUAGAGCGAGAACUUUUCGGUCAGGAGGCGGAGCCCGGGGUUUCUGAAGAAGCGAGACAAAGAGUGCUCGAAGCAAGUAGGACUGAGUUGGCUGAGGACACCAUCUCAGGACUGCAAGUCGAGAUCGAAGCUCUCCUGCACAGUCUGGAAAAGUCGAAGUUAAGGAUAGCGAGCGAAGCCGAUUCGGCGAAGAUGCGCGCGUCGAUGCGGAAGAAAGAGGGCGAGGUCAAGAAGCAGGUUGAAGCAGCCGUCAGUCGGUACAAUGUAGUCAUCCAGAAAGGGGACCCAAGGAAGCAUCGAGACCCGGCGAGCGCGUCGGACCUGUUAGCUGGUGCGCAGCUGCCUUGGCAGUUUGAGGGCCGGCCGGAGGAGUUGCUUGUUGUGGGAGCCCGAAGGCAGAAGACAGUCGCCUUCAAGCGGAAGGUGGAAGUCGUCGAAGCAUUCAACUACUUACAACGCCUACGAGAAGAGACACGCCUUUUAGCGGCUGAGCAAAGAAGUGUCUUAGCUUAUUACUCCGAUAUAGUAAGCGACCUUAGCAGCAGAAUAGAGGCUCUAAACAGGCUCGACGGUCACUCGUUGGAAGACAACAUCGGUCCUGAGGGAGAGUCCGACAGGCAAGAGAAUCAGCUCCCAAGAUACUGGGUUUCUCAAGACCGUCUUAGAAACGAUAGGGUCGUGAGGAGUGGUUGUAGGGCCCUUCUCUCCAAAGCUAGAACAGCAGCGGUCGCUCGGCUUGGGGAGGCGAAGGCGACAUUCCCGUUCGCCCCUCUAGAGACUCAAACGGCGGGGUGCACUGUGCCUGAAUCUCCGGACCCGACCUCCGGGAUUCGACUUGAGGAAGAGUUUGCUCAAGCGCACGAACGGCUGGAAGUGUCAGAACUGGCCCGUUUUCGGGCUUUGUCGGAUCGUUUGGUGGGCUUGGGUCUCUCGUCGUUUCUGCAUCGGUUGUUCAGGUGCGCUUUGAGCGUUGAGCAACUCCCCGACCUCUCUCGAGAUGUACUUAGAACCGUAGGUUAUUUCUCGGAGCAGGAAAUUGAGGACCUUCUGAAAACCGUAAGUGGUGGAGCUUGA